GACGUCUCCACGAAACGUCGAAACCCCAGAAAAGCCCACGGCGGCCGCCAAGUUCACCCGGGAGCUCAGGUAUGGCGGCUGCGGCUGCACGGCUGCUGCUCCCCAGGGCGACCAGGGCUGCGGCCUCCUCCUCCUCUCUUCUCCAGCGCCCUCUCCAUUCCUUCUCCAGAUGCUUCAGAAGCCUCCUCCCGCGGCCGCCGCCCGCCGUCUUCCCGCGGCACCUCUCCGACGCUGCCUUCGACGCGCAGGCGCUGGACAACCGCGUCCCCGCUACCGUCAUCACCGGCUUCCUCGGCUCCGGCAAGACAACCCUCCUGAAUCACAUUCUAACAUCACAGCAUGGGAAGAGGAUUGCUGUCAUCGAGAAUGAGUUUGGUGAGGUGGAUAUCGAUAGCUCACUUGUGGCUAACCAUUCAUCCGUCGCUGAAGACAUUGUGAUGGUGAAUAAUGGCUGCUUGUGCUGCACUGUCCGAGGGGAUCUUGUAAAGAUGCUUCUGAAGCUGGUCAAGCAAAAGGGAGACAAAUUUGAUCAUAUCGUCAUUGAGACAACAGGUCUUGCAAAGCCUGGUCCUGUUAUUGAGACCUUUUGUUCUGAUGAAUUGGUCUCGAAAUAUGUGAAACUUGAUGGUGUUGUUACUUUGGUUGAUUGUAAGCAUGCCAUGCAACAUUUGAAUGAGGUGAAAGCAAGGUGGGUUGUGAACGAGGCAGUAGAACAAGUUGCUUAUGCAGAUCGGAUUAUAUUGAACAAGACUGAUUUGGUUGAUGACACAGAACUUGAGGUUUUGACCAACAAGAUCAAGCUCAUAAAUGGGAUGGCGCAAAUGAAAAAAGCAAAGUUUGGUGAUGUUGACAUGGAUUUUGUGCUAGGAAUUGGCGGUUAUGACCUUGAUAGGAUUGAGGCUGCAGUCCAAUUGAAUGAAAACAAAGAGACAGGGCAUUGCCACUUGGGACAUGAGCAUGGACGCCAUCAUGACCAUGUCCAUGAUACAGCUGUUACCAGUGUAAGUAUUGUUUCAGAGGGAUUACUUGAUCUUGAUGAGGUUAAUGAUUGGCUGGAGAGACUGGUUGAGGAGAAAGGCGAAGAUCUGUACAGAUUAAAGGGUGUUAUAUCCGUCAACGAGUCAACUGGACGCUUCGUGUUUCAGGGCGUGCACUCCAUGUUGGAAGGUUGCCCAGCGAAGCCGUGGGAGGAUGAUGAGAAGAGGAUCAGCAAGCUCGUGUUUAUCGGCAGGAAUCUGGACGAAGGCGCGCUAAGGAAGGCCUUCAAAGGUUGCCUGUUGUGAUGAACCCUCUGAUCAUGUGUUUAUCUCAUUGGGAUCGUGGUUGAGGCUGAGAACGACUACACAAGUAAAUCGGGCGAAAAGGGCGAGUGCAAGGCCCUAUGUUUUUUUUUGGUGUUGAUGUUUGCCUCAGAGUUCUCUGAGAAACCGAGUAGUGUAUCUUGUACUAGACUAGGCUAGAAGUAGAGAGUCGAAUUGUGUGGUAUCCAUGUCUUGAUGAGAACCAUAACUGUAUGCUGUUGUACUUUUCUUGCGAUUUAUAUAGGUCAAAAAGGAAACCAUGGUGAGUUUCCUGUGAUGAAACUAGAGAGAGAAUUUCAUGUGUCAGCUCAGCCGUCUGAAACUCUG